AAAAGCAAAUCUUGACUCAACGCCUCAGAGGACAGUCGGUCCCUCAAGAGAACAGAGAGAGAAUUGAGAACUUCUACAUUGUAAUUAGUGUAUACGGACAUAUCUAAAAACAUUUACAAAUUGGAAGUUCUUACAAAGACUUACGUUUUUCCUAAACCCAUUAUGGGACCAAAAAUGGCCGGGUCCUUACCGACCUACUUCAUUGUGAUACUAUGGAUAUUAACAACUGGAACGUUACAAUGGACCUCGGCACAGUCAAGUCAUAUAUGUACUCACACAAAGAACACAGUAGAAGAAAAGACGGAAAAGUGUACAUCAUUUCUUUCAAAUACGUUACAAGGUUUUAGCCUGAACAGAACCUCGUCAUUUCCUGGGAUGAGUACAAACGAUAUCAACAACGCUUUGAACAAAAUCAUGUCAUCUUCAGCAGAUCAAGAUAAAAUCUGCUAUUUCUUUAGGAAUAAGGAAUAUGAAGUGACUGAGUGUUGUAGCGGAUAUCAAAAUGGAACAGGCAUAUGCGACUCUCCUAUUUGUACAAAUCCGUGCAAAAAUGGUGGUGUGUGCUCAAAGCCUGAAAUGUGUGACUGUGGGGCUGAGUUCACAGGAAUAAUGUGUGAAGACAAAAAGAUAUAUGCCGGCGACAAUGAACGAUACUGUUAUAAAGGUCAAACUUGUGGCAGUGUCAAAGCCGAAGGUGCAGAAAAUAUACGUCUUCCACAAGCUGAUUGUUGUGCUUUAGCAGAUGCCCAAAGUUGGGGUGUAGGGAGCGAAACUUGUACAAAAUGUAUCAAGACAGAAGGAGGAACUGAAGGAAUAAUACAGCAAAUGUUCAAUCCGAACUUCAGAACCUGUUUUAACUUUGGACCUUUUUACUACCGUACAUUUGAUGGGUAUGAGUUUGCAUUCCCUGGUCUGUGUACAUACACUUUGGCGAUGGAUAAAGGAAACGGAGGACAAACACCACUGUGGCAUGUACAAUCAAAGAUUAUCAGAUGUGACUCAAGUGAAGACUGCCUAAAGAGAUUUACGUUGCAAGUAUCAGGGGAGACCAUAACAUUAGAAAAUGGAUUAGUGUAUAUUAACGAUGCUGAAUUUCCAUUGAUUUUGGAGACGCCCAAAGAAACACCAGGAAGAACUGCAACAAUAAUGAAAAAAGGAGACUGGACUUUUGUAACCUGUCAUAUUGGAGUAAGCCUGAAAGUUGAUAAAUAUUCAGCUAUAUAUAUCACAUUAGAUAAAAGUAGAAUACAGGCUGGAUCUGUUGCUGGUAUUUGUGGUGACUUUGAUGACAAUCCUUCAAAUGAUAAAAUGACAAGAACUGGAGACCCAGCACCAAAUAUUGUGUAUGCUGCUAACACAUGGACAGUAGCUAAUGAGGCAACACAAUGCCCAGGAGCAGGUGUGAUGCAGGAUUACUGUACAACAUCACAAGACAAACAAAAUGCUGAACAAGCUUGUUCUACUAUUUUGUCUGGUAUUUUCUCUGAAUGUCAUAAAUUGGAGAGUCCAUAUUUCCUUUAUAAUCUAUGUGUAAAUGAAGUAUGUAAAGCAGGCAAUAACUCGGAUACAGUGAAAUGUGAAUACAGUGGCAGAUUUGCACAGUCCUGUGCAGCAUUGGAUGUUAUUGUUUUCUGGAGAUCUUCAAACUUCUGUCCAAAAACAUGUGAGGAUGGAAAGGUUUAUCGUGAAUGUUCGUCAAAAUGUCCCCGAACCUGUAAAACCCUUUACAGUGUGUUACCAGACAGUUGUAUGGAGGAUUGUGUGUCUGGAUGUGAAUGUCCAGUAGGUCAGUUCAUACAGGAUGGAGUUUGUGUGAAAGCAGACGAGUGUCAAUGUGAAUUCAACCGUAAACGAUACAACAAUGGAGAAACCAUAAAGAACGGAUGCAAUGCAUGCAAAUGUACGUAUGGACGAUGGCAAUGUACAGAAGAUAAAUGUUCAGAGAUGUGCGAGAUAGUUGGGAUAAAUCAUGUUACAACGUUCGACAACUAUCAGUAUUCGUUUGCUCCUGCAAGUCAAAGCUGCACCUUUAGUGUUGUUAUGCCUAUUCCAGGGGUCACGGAUGAUCCAAGGUCAGAUCUCAACAUUGAAAUGUCUACGGCAAGAUGCCCGAAUAUGAAGGAAGACAUAUUUUGUUUGAACAAACUUGUAAUUCAAUACAGAAGUAUGCGAGUCACUUUGGAGGGAGAAAAAGUACAUAUUUUUGAUCAGGAAAAUCCAGCCACCGGCGAACAAGAACUGAAAAAUAUUGACACUCAACCGUUUCAUUCAAAACAUAUGUACAUUAAAUCAGCCAGUAAUAAAUACAGAAUGGUGAAAGCAUUUGGAUUCAAGGUCUUAUUUGACAAAAGAAGAGCUGUAUACAUUUAUCUCGCUCCUUAUUUUGCAAACAAAGUCAUUGGUCUCUGUGGAAAAUACAAUUACCAGCAGGAUGAUGAUUUCUGCACACAAAACGGAGUAGUUGAAACUAAUGCUGUUAACUUCGUAGACCGUAUGCGAAAUGACGAGUGCCAAGUUAAAGAGCCAAGUAUAGCUUCCAAUCCAACUGAGGAUACCACUGCAAAACAAGAAUGUAUAUUUUUGGAUCCAGACCAAGGAACUCUUAAUCCAGAGCAAGGAUCACUAUUCGGAACUUGUUUGGCAGUAACAGACAAAAUACAAUAUUACUAUGACAAAUGCGUACAAGACAAUCUUGCUAGGAAUGGUAUAUCUAUAAAAGAGGCAAUGUGUGAUAUGGUUGCAGCCUUUGCAAGACACUGCUCGCUUCAAGGAGAAGCUAUAGACUGGGGAAACUAUGGCACUUUACAACAGGACUGUCACGACUGGGUUUCCUGUAGUAACUUAAAUGGAAUGCAAUACAAAGAAUGCGGCAAAUUGUGCAGUGGAAACUGUAGGGACUUUGAAAUAGGAGAUUCAAGUUGUGAAGAAGAAUGCAUUCCUGGCUGUCAAUGUCCGGAUGGAGAGUUUUUGGAUGAUCAUGGAGAAUGUGUAAAACGUUCAGAUUGUACUUGCUAUGAUAAAUACAGUUUUGGCAAUAAAGUCUGGGAACAUGGUGAAAAUAUCACAAGACAGUGUGCCAUAUGCACAUGUCUGGACGGUGCAUGGGAUUGUGAUCAUAAUGAAUGUGAAGAUAUUGUAUGCCCAAAAAAUCAACAGUACAUUGAAGCCGACUCAAUAUGCAAUGUACACAAGACCUGUGCAAAUAUCGAUUUGAAGAUGACAUGCAAUGACAACACACACUACAAAGGUUGUGGUUGUACCAAUGGUACAGUAAUGGCACCUGAUGGAUCAUGCGUUCAACCAGAGAGAUGUCCUUGUAUGUAUGGUCAUGACUACUAUAAAGAAGGCGAAGAAGUUACAAUUAAGUGUGUCAGAAUGAAAUGCCAAAAUCGACAUUUCAUCAAGGUUGGAGAAGUGGACUGCCCAGGUACUUGCUGGGUAUAUGGGGAUCCUCAUUACACAACUUUUGAUGGCAAGGGCUAUGCAUUCCAAGGAUCUUGUAAAUAUUUUCUGGUAGCAACAGACGAUAAUUCAUUUAGUGUAACAGUGGAAAAUGUUCCUUGUGGGACAACGAGUGUAACAUGUACCAAAUCCACUGUAAUAACAAUUAAAAGUACCAUAAUCCAUCUUAUACGUGGUGAACAAGUAAAGAUAGGAAAUACACCACUAACUAGUGACCAGUACAAUAGUGAAGGACUGGUUGUUAGUACACAUAGCUACUGGACAGUGAUAAAAGCCACAUCAUUGGGAAUUGCAGUAUUGUGGGAUGGAGGAACCAGGGUUGAAGUCAGCUUGAAUAAAACACAAUGGAUGGGCAAAGUAAAGGGACUUUGUGGAAAUUUUGACGGAUUGUCUGAAUCAGGAGAAAUGGUGACCAAAGAAGGUAGUGAAACAACAUCAAUAAUUGAAUUUGCCAAAAGUUGGACGGUUGAUACAACAUGUGAUGAUUCAGUAACUGCUGAAUCUACUGAAGGUCCUUGUACUGGUGCUCUAUCAAACAGAUUAAAAUGGGCCGAAGCUUCUUGUAACAUCAUUAACGAAGAUCUCUUUAAAGAAUGUAGACAAGCAAUUGUUGGUGGUGAAUCAAAAGUGGAAGAGUACUACAAAAAUUGUUUAUAUGAUUCAUGCAAAUGUGAUAGCGGCGGUGACUGUGAAUGUUUGUGUACUGCUGUUGCUAUGUUUGCUGAGAAAUGUAAUGAAGUCGGUAAACCAGUCAAAUGGAGGAAUCCAAGAUUUUGUCCAAUCAUGUGUCCGUAUGGAUAUGAAUAUAAAGCAUGCGGUAAACCAUGUCCACAAACAUGUAGAAAUAUUGGAGAUGAACCUGAUCAAUGGUGUGAAUCAACAUACUGUGUUGAAGGAUGCUUUUGCCCAGAGGGCUAUGUUGAAACUACCACAAGGUACAAUUCCACACAGUGCAUACCUGCAAAUGAAUGUAAUUGUGUUCACAAUGGAAGAGAUUAUCCUCCUGGAACCUCUAUUAUUGACAAUUGUAUGAAUUGCACCUGCAUUAAUGGGAAAUUCCAGUGCUUUGGGACAAGUUGUGAAGGCAAGUGUGAAGAUAAUGAGUUCAUGUGUACCAAUGGGGACUGUAUAGAUAAGAUGUACUACUGUGAUGGUCAUCCCGACUGUAACGACGGCUCUGAUGAAAAAUGCAACCUUACCUGUUCCACUGGUAUGAUUGCCUGUGAUGAGAGCAAUACAACAUGCAUUCCUCUGAAUUAUAUAUGUGAUUCAAGAAGUGACUGUAUUAAUGGCAUGGACGAAAGAGAUUGCACACCAACGUGUUCUGAAGAUGAAUUUGGAUGUGACUCAGGGAAAUGUAUAAGUAAAAAGUUUAGGUGUGAUAAAUAUUAUGAUUGUGGAACAGAUGAUUUAUCUGACGAAGUCAACUGUACUACUGAGUGUGGGACAGAAGAGUUCGUUUGUACUAGCACCUUCAAGUGUAUACCUUUUAACCUUAAAUGCGAUGGGCAUGAUGAUUGUGGUGAUGGAUUGGACGAGCAAGGUUGUACAACGACUACAUCAGUGACAACAACUACAAUGGAGGCUACAACAACUACAGAAUGUUUCAAGACUAAAGUUUUACUUGAUGCUUCAAAUAUUGUUUCACCUACAAAAAAUUUGUUAACAAGCGACAUAAAAGCACUCACAGAGGACAAUGACCAGGUGGUCGAGAUAGCAAGUGAAACAUUUAUUCUUAAAAUCAGCAAUUUGGACGAUGAAGUAAACGGUUUAAAAGUUUUAGGAGAAAACAUCGGAACUAUUACUGUAACAUAUUCUCUUCCAGAAAGUCCUCUAGUAUCUGAAGCUGUUGAGACACCGAUUAUUAUACCAGGCCAGGAAAUUCCACUUGAGUCGAGAUUGUACAAUGAAAUUGUUAUAACAAUAACAAAAACACCUGGCAGCGCCAGUAUUCUCUUGAAUGAUGUAGAAGUUUUAAGUUGCGCAAAACAAACAACUACAGUCACACAAGCCAUCCCGACAACAGUAACACCAUCUGUAAUUCCUACAACCUUACCCACUGGAACAACCUCACCUCAAGCAACCACUGUAGAGGUUACAACAACUACAGAAUGUGUCAAGACAAACAUAAUGCCUACUAUUGAUGGCUCAAAGAUUGUCUCACGUACCGCAACUUUGUCAGUGGAUGACAAAAAUGCACUCCGACAGAGUGCCGAUAACAAAUUUGUUGAGAUAAACGAAGACACAUUUGUUUUGGAGAUCAGUGAUUUGGAAGAUCAAGUUAACGGUUUAAAGGUUUUGGGGUUGAACAUUGCUAGUAUAACCGUGGAGGUUUCGCUCCCAGAAAAUCCAACAGAUUUUACAACUGUUGAGACUCUAAAUAUUCAGCCGGGUGAUGAAAUCCCUUUGGAAUUGAAAUCCUAUGGUGUUAUAAAAAUAACAGUCACAAAAGAGCCUGGCAGCACCAGUAUACGUUUGGACAGUGUAGAAGUUUCCAUUUGUGGUGAACUUACAACGAUUUCAAUGGAAACAACUACACAACCAGCUACUGUAGAGGUUACAACAGCUACAGAAUGUGUCAAGGAAAAUGUAAAACUAGACGAUUCUAACAUUGCGUCAAACAACGAGGAGUCACCAUUGUCAGCAAGCGACAAAGAUGCACUCCGAGUGAAAAACGAUAACAAGUUUGUUGAGAUAAAUGAUAAUAUUAUUGUUCUGCUGAUAACUGGUUUACAAGAUCAAGUGAAUGGUGUAACAGUUUCUGGGGAUGGGAUUGCUACUAUUACUGUGAAGUAUAAUCUUCCAGAUAAUCCAGAAUUAAAAACUGUUCAGGCCCCGAAUGUUCAGCCGGGUGAAGAAAUCCCAUUGGAAUUGCAGUCCUAUAAUACUAUAAGAAUAACAAUCACAAAAGAACCUUCCAGCAAUAGAAUUAGUUUAGACAGUGUAGAAGUUUCUACUUGUGCAAAAUUGACAACUGUGCCAGUGGUUUCAACUACAUCAUUACCUCCAAGUACGCCGGUCACUUCACCGACAGAAAAACCACCAACUACCAGUGCAUUACCCACAACAGUGCCGCAAACCCUACCUACUGAAGUAACCGAACUACCAACAACAGUACCACAAACAACAACAUCAAGAUGUGAUGAACAGCCUUUCAAAACAACUUCUAGCGACGAUUUUUCAAUAGUACCAUCGUCAACUGCACCUGGAAAAGACAUUGUAGACAUUUUGCAAAAAACAGGCGUACCAACAACUUCAUGGUCACCUCUAUCAUCAGAUGAAUCUCCCUACAUAAUAUUCACUAGUAAUGUUCCUGUAACAUUUAUGUCUGUGGAAGUUAACGUAAAAAACGUAGAAUCUGUGACUCUAGAGGUAGAAGGAUAUUCAAAGCCACAAGAAGCCAACACGUCAUUGGUAUCAUUUAAAUUUCCCGAAGGAGUAGACAACAGUACAUUCAAAUUAAUAUUCGUCCCUAGUGGCGAUCUGAUUCCAGUUAUAAGCAAUCUUCAAAUCGAAGUUUGUUAUGAAGGAACAACUACUGUUCCACCUACAACAUCAACAACACCAGUGUUCAUUACAUCAUCUGCAACUCCAUCUGUCCCAACAUCAGCGACUACUCCAAUUACGACCACAAUGCCUACCUGCGAUAGGAAAGAGAACAUUUGCAAUGGAAUAUGCGAUUGUGAGGAUGAUUGCAGAGAUGAGAAAGAUUACGGUUGUCUUCAAGUGACUACUACUCCUCCUCCAGUGACGACAACUACAGCAACGACUACUUCACCGCCUCCUACUACUACUCCUUCAGUUGUAACCACACCUUCGCCUUGCGAUACAACAUCUGAAUAUACUUGUGAAAACGGUGAAUGUAUAUUGGACAGUAAGAAAUGUGAUGGUGUAUGCGAUUGUUCUGACAGCUGUGAUGACGAAGAGGAUUGUGAGACAAGCCCGCCUACUCCUACUCCUCCAGUUACAACGGCAGUUACAACACCAGAAGUAACUACUGGAGAAAGUUUAUGUGAAUUUGAAUGUAGUGCGACGUUAAAAUGUAUAGAACGUGAACAGCUGUGUGAUGGUAAAGAUGACUGUGGUGAUAACGAGGACGAGAUGUUAUGUUCUACAUCAGCUUCAACAAUAUUAAGUACAACUUCACCAGCUUCCACUCAAGAAAAAACAACAAGAGCUGAGUUGACAACGACACCAAUCUGCAGGAAAACUGAAGGAAUGACAUCAUCAGCGAUAAUACCAUCCAGGGAAAUUAAAGUGAAUAAUCAUUCCAUUGACAUAGAAAAUCUACGACCAAAUUCUAUCACUCCCUUCAAAAGUUAUGAAUCAACGCUGAUCAUUGAUUACACACCCAAAGGGGGAAAACCAGUGAAUGAGGUUAAACUAAAAAGUACCAAUAACAUAAAGACUUUCAACGUUAAAUUUUAUAAUGCUGAUGGAACAGUGGUAUCAAAAACGAUAGAAGUACUUGAAAGUGCUUAUAAUAACGAACAUCUCAAUGUCAACAAAGUCCAAAUAAGCAUCACACCAAAGGACAAAGAGAACACAUAUCAACCAGUCAAUUUACAAAUUCAGAUCUAUGGAUGUUAUGAAAUUGGGUCAACAACGAUCCAAAUGCAGUCAAUUGUUUCUACACCGUAUGUUGCUUCAACUCAAACGAGUGUAAGAGUAGAAUCACCAGUGACGUCAGCAGCUGGUAAGACAACAACUGCAGGUGGGCCAUCGUCAGCAAAAAGCACAAUGAUCGUGUCAUCAGCGAAAUCCACUGAAGGAAUGUCUAGUAAAAAAACAACACCUUUUGGCAAAACGAAAGCUACAACUACGACAGGAGAAGUCAAACUUACGACUGGUAUUAUUUCAUCAGAGGUAGUUACUUCCCCUGUGCCCUCUACUGUGGAAACAACCAUAAAGAAAACAAGUAGACAAUCUACUCCUAUUGUUGCAACAACCGAAACAUCAGUGAAAAUAACAAAUGAACAGUCCACUGAAAAGAUUAUAUCAAAGCACACUGCAACUUCGAGAGGGUCUACAAAACAAGUGACUCCAAUAGGUACAACGACUGAAAUGAAAGUACUAAGUGUUGUAUCGACGACAAGUGCAGUCCCAUCGCUUAGGCCAACGGUUUCAAGUACCACACCAGUAUGUGAUAUAUCAGAGGGAAUGGUGUCACCAACAACAAUUCCAUCUAGUGAAAUAAAAGUAAAUGAUGACAUGGCAAAGAUAGAAAACUUACGACCAGGAGGUUUGAUACCCAUGAUGAGUUCUAAGCCUACACUGGUAAUACAAUACACACCUUCAAGUACCAAGUCCGUGCAAAGAGUAGAAUUAGUAUCGACAGAGAAUAUAAUAUCGUACAGUGUGACAUUUUUCAAUGCUGAAGGAACCACGAUUAAAAGAACGGUGAAAGUUACAGAAAGUGCAAUCAAUGUAGCUGGAAAUCCUAAUGUGAAGAAAAUAGAAAUCUUGAUCACUCCCGAGGAUAAGAAAAGUUCUUAUCAGCCAGUUCAUCUUCAACUGAAAAUAUUUGCAUGCCAUGAAAUAGGGACAACAACUAUUGAAAUACCGUCAAUUGUUUCUACACCGUCUGUUGCUUCAACAAAAACGAGUGUAAUAGUAGAAUCACCAGUGACGUCAGCAGCUGGUAAGACGACAACUUCAGGUGGGCCAUCAUCAGCAAAAAGCACAAUGAUCGUGUCAUCAGCGAAAUCCACUGAAGGAAUAUCGAGUGAAAAAACAACACCUGCUGGUAAAACGAGAAUUACAACUACGGCAGGAGGAAUCAAACAUACGACUGGUAUUAUUUCAUCAGUAGGAGUUACUUCCCCUGUGCCCUCUACUGUGGAAACAACCAUAAAGAAAACAAGUAGACAAACUACUAUUGUUGCAACAACUAAAACAUCAGUGAAAAUGACAAGUGAACAGUCCACCGAAAAGGUGACUUCAGAGCACACUACACCUUUGAGAGGGUCUACAAAACAAGUGACUCCAAUAGGUACAACGACUGAAAUGAAAGUAUUAAGUGUUGUGUCGACGACAAGUGCAGUCCCAUCACUCACAUCAACAGUUUCAAGUACCACACCAGUAUGUGAUAUAUCAGAGGGAAUGGUGUCACCAACAACAAUUCCAUCUAGUGAAAUAAAAGUAAAUGAUGACAUGGCAAAGAUAGAAAACUUACGACCAGGAGGUUUGAUACCCAUGAUGAGUUCUAAGCCUACACUGGUAAUACAAUACACACCUUCAAGUGCCAAGUCCGUGCAAAGAGUAGAAUUAGUAUCGACAGAGAAUAUAAUAUCGUACACUGUGACAUUUUUCAAUGCUGAAGGAACCGCGAUUAAAAGAACGGUGAAAGUUACAGAAAGUGCAAACAAUGUAGCUGGAAAUCCUAAUGUGAAGAAAAUAGAAAUCUUGAUCACUCCCGAGGAUAAGAAAAGUUCUUAUCAGCCAGUUCAUCUUCAACUGAAAAUAUUUGCAUGCCAUGAAAUAGGGACAACAACUAUUGAAAUACCGUCAAUUGUUUCUACACCGUCUGUUGCUUCAACAAAAACGAGUGUAAGAGUAGAAUCACCAGUGACGUCAGCAGCUGGUAAGACGACAACUUCAGGUGGGCCAUCAUCAGCAAAAAGCACAAUGAUCGUGUCAUCAGCGAAAUCCACUGAAGGAAUAUCGAGUGAAAAAACAACACCUGCUGGUAAAACGAGAGUUACAACUACGGCAGGAGGAAUCAAACAUACGACUGGUAUUAUUUCAUCAGUAGGAGUUACUUCCCCUGUGUCCUCUACUGUGGAAACACCCAUAGAGAAAACAAGUAGACAAACUACUCCUAUUGUUGCAACAACUGAGGCAUCAGUGAAAAUGACAAGUGAACAAUCCACUGAAAAGGUUAUUUCAGAGCACACUGCACCUUUGAGAGGGUCUACAAAACAAGUGACUCCAAUAGGUACAACGACUGAAAUGAAAGUACUAAGUGUUGUAUCGACGACAAGUGCAGUCCCAUCACUCACAUCAACGGUUUCAAGUACCACACCAGUAUGUGAUAUAUCAGAGGGAAUGGUGUCACCAACAACAAUUCCAUCUAGUGAAAUAAAAGUAAAUGAUGACAUGGCAAAGAUAGAAAACUUACGACCAGGAAGUUUGAUACCCAUGAUGAGUUCUAAGCCUACACUGGUAAUACAAUACACACCUUCAAGUGCCAAGUCCGUGCAAAGAGUAGAAUUAGUAUCGACAGAGAAUAUAAUAUCGUACACUGUGACAUUUUUCAAUGCUGAAGGAACGACGAUAAAAAGAACGGUGAAAGUUACAGAAAGUGCAAACAAUGUAGCUGGAAAUCCUAAUGUGAAGAAAAUAGAAAUCUUGAUUACUCCUGAAGAUAAGAAAAGUUCUUAUCAGCCAGUUCAUCUUCAACUGAAAAUAUUUGCAUGCCAUGAAAUAGGGACAACAACUAAUGAAAUACCGUCAAUUGUUUCUACACCGUCUGUUGCUUCAACUAAAACGAGUGAAAGAGUAGAAUCACCAGUGACGUCAGCAGCUGGUAAGACGACAUCAGCAAAAAGCACAAUGAUCGUGUCAUCAGCGAAAUCCACCGAAGGAAUAUCGAGUGAAAAAACAACACCUGCUGGUAAAACAAAAGUUACAACUACGGCAGGAGGAAUCAAACAUACCACUGGUAUUAUUUCAUCAGAGGGAGUUACUUCCAUUGUGCCCACUACUGUGGAAACAACCAUAAAGAAAACAAGUAAAAAAACUACUAUUGUUGCAACAACUGAAACAUCGGUGAAAAUGACAAGCGUACAGUCCACUGAGAAAUUGACUUCAGAGCACACUCCACCUUUGAGAGGAUCUACAAAACAAGUGACUCCAAAAGGUACAACGACUGAAAUGAAAGUUCUGAGUGUUGUAUCGACGACAAGUGCAGUCCCAUCACUCACAUCAACGGUUUCAAGUACCACACCAGUAUGUGAUAUAUCAGAGGGAAUGGUAUCACCAACAACAAUUCCAUCUAGUGAAAUAAAAGUAAAUGAUGACAUGGCAAAGAUAGAAAACUUACGACCGGGGGGUUUGGUACCCAUGAUGAGUUCUAAGCCUACACUGGUAAUACAAUACACACCUUCAAGUGCCAAGUCCGUGCAAAGAGUAGAAUUAGUAUCGACAGAGAAUAUAAUAUCGUACACUGUGACAUUUUUCAAUGCUGAAGGAACCACGAUAAAAAGAACGGUAAAAGUUACAGAAAGUGCAAACAAUGUAGCUGAAAAUCCUAAUGUGAAGAAAAUAGAAAUCUUGAUCACUCCCGAAGAUAGGAAAAGUUCUUAUCAGCCAGUUCAUCUUCAACUGAAAAUAUUUGCAUGCCAUGAAAUAGGGACAACAACUAUUGAAAUACCGUCAAUUGUUUCUACACCGUCUGUUGCUUCAACUAAAACGAGAGUAAGAGUAGAAUCACCAGUGACGUCAACAGCUGGUAAGACGACAACUGCAGGUGGGACAUCAGCUGCAAAAAGCACAAUGAUCGUGUCAUCAGCGAAAUCCACUGAAGGAAUAUCGAGUGAAAAAACAACACCUGCUGGUAAAACGAGAGUCACAACUACGGCAGGAGGAAUCAAACAUACGACUGGUAUUAUUUCAUCAGUAGGAGUCACUUCCCCUGUGCCCUCUACUGUGGAAACAACCAUAAAGAAAACAAGUAGACAAACUACUCCUAUUGUUGCAACAACUAAAACAUCAGUGAAAAUGACAAGUGAACAGUCCACCGAAAAGGUGACUUCAGAGCACACUACACCUUUGAGAGGGUCUACAAAACAAGGGACUCCAAUAGGUACAACGACUGAAAUGAAAGUAUUAAGUGUUGUGUCGACGACAAGUGCAGUCCCAUCACUGACAUCAACAGUUUCAAGUACCACACCAGUAUGUGAUAUAUCAGAGGGAAUGGUGUCACCAACAACAAUUCCAUCUAGUGAAAUAAAAGUAAAUGAUGACAUGGCAAAGAUAGAAAACUUACGACCAGGGGGUUUGGUACCCAUGAUGAGUUCUAAGCCUACACUGGUAAUACAAUACACACCUUCAAGUGCCAAGUCCGUACAAAGAGUAGAAUUAGUAUCGACAGAGAAUAUAAUAUCAUACACUGUGACAUUUUUCAAUGCUGAAGGAACCACGAUUAAAAGAACGGUGAAAGUUACAGAAAGUGCAAUCAAUGUAGCUGGAAAUCCUAAUGUGAAGAAAAUAGAAAUCUUGAUAACUCCCAAUGAUAAGAAAAGUUCUUAUCAGCCAGUUCAUCUUCAACUGAAAAUAUUUGCAUGCCAUGAAAUAGGGACAACAACUAUUGAAAUACCAUCAAUUGUUUCUACACCGUCUGUUGCUUCAACUAAAACGAGUGUGAGAGUAGAAUCACCAGUGACGUCAACAGCUGGUAAGACGUCAACUGCAGGUGGGAAAUCAGCUGCAAAAAGCACAAUGAUCGUGUCAUCAGCGAAAUCCACUGAAGGAAUAUCGAGUGAAAAAACAACACCUGCUGGCGAAACGAGAGUCACAACUACGGCAGGAGGAAUCAAACUUACGACUGGUAUUAUUUCAUCAGAGGUAGUUACUUCCCCUGUGCCUUCUACUGUGGAAACAACCAUAAAGAAAACAAGUAGACAAACUACUCCUAUUGUUGCAACAACUAAAACUUCAGUGAAAAUGACAAGUGAACAGUCCACCGAAAAGGUGACUUCAGAGCACACUACACCUUUGAGAGGGUCUACAAAACAAGUGACUCCAAUAGGUACAACGACUGAAAUGAAAGUAGUAAGUGUUGUGUCGACGACAAGUGCAGUCCCAUCACUCACAUCAACAGUUUCAAGUACCACACCAGUAUGUGAUAUAUCAGAGGGAAUGGAAUCACCAACAACAAUUCCAUCUAGUGAAAUAAAAGUAAAUGAUGACAUAGCAAAGAUAGAAAACUUACGACCAGGGGGUUUGGUACCCAUGAUGAGUUCUAAGCCUACACUGGUAAUACAAUACACACCUUCAAGUGCCAAGUCCGUGCAAAGAGUAGAAUUAGUAUCGGCAAAGAAUAUAAUAUCGUACACUGUGACAUUUUUCAAUGCCGAAGGAACCACGAUAAAAAGAACGGUGAAAGUUACAGAAAGUGCAAUCAAUGUAGCUGGAAAUCCUAAUGUGAAGAAAAUAGAAAUCUUGAUCACUCCCGAAGAUAAGAAAAGUUCUUAUCAGCCAGUUCAUCUUCAACUGAAAAUAUUUGCAUGCCAUGAAAUAGGGACAACAACUAUUGAAAUACCGUCAAUUGUUUCUACACCGUCUAUUGCUUCAACUAAAACGAGUGUAAUAGUAGAAUCACCAGUGACGUCAACAGCUGGUAAGACGACAACUGCAGGUGGGCCAUCAUCAGCAAAAAGCACAAUGAUCGUAUCAUCAGCGAAAUCCACUGAAGGAAUAUCGAGUGAAAAAACAACACCUGCUGGCGAAACGAGAGUUACAACUACGGCAGGAGGAAUCAAACAUACGACUGGUAUUAUUUCAUCAGUAGGAGUUACUUCCCCUGUGCCCUCUACUGUCGAAACAACCAUAAAGAAAACAAGUAGACAAACUACUCCUAUUGUUGCAACAACUGAAACAUCAGUGAAAAUGACAAGUGAACAGUCCACCGAAAAGGUGACGUCAGAGCACACUACACCUUUGAGAGGGUCUACAAAACAAGUGACUCCAAUAGGUACAACGACUGAAAUGAAAGUAUUAAGUAUUGUGUCGACGACAAGUGCAGUCCCAUCACUCACAUCAACAGUUUCAAGUACCACACCAGUAUGUGAAUUAUCAGAGGGAAUGGUGUCACCAACAACAAUUCCAUCUAGUGAAAUAAAAGUAAAUGAUGACAUGGCAAAGAUAGAAAACUUACGACCAGGGGGUUUGGGACCCAUGAUGAGUUCUAAGCCUACACUGGUAAUACAAUACACACCUUCAAGUGCCAAGUCCGUGCAAAGAGUAGAAUUAGUAUCGACAGACAAUAUAAUAUCGUACACUGUGACAUUUUUCAAUGCUGGAGGAACCACGAUAAAAAGAACUGUGAAAGUUACAGAAACUGCAAUCAAUGUAGCUGGAAAUCCUAAUGUGAAGAAAAUACAAAUCUUGAUCAGUCCUGAAGAUAAGAAAAGUUCUUAUCAGCCAGUUCAUCUUCAACUGAAAAUAUUUGCAUGCCAUGAAAUAGGGACAACAACUAUUGAAAUACCGUCAAUUGUUUCUACACCGUCUGUUUCUGCAACUAAAACGAGUGAAAGAGCAGAAUCACCAGUGACAUCAACAGCUGGUAAGAUGACAACUGCAGGUGGGCCAUCAUCAGCAAAAAGCACCAUUAUCGUGUCAUCAGCUAAAUCCACUGAACGAAUAUCGAGUGAAAAAACAACACCUGCUGGAAAAACGAAAGUUACAACUACAGCAGGAGGAAUGAAACAUACGACUGGUAUUAUUUCAUCAGAAGGAGUUACUCCCCCUGUGCCCUCUACUGGGGAAACAACUAUAAAGAAAAUAAGUAGACAAACUACUCCUUUUGUUGCAACAACUGAAACAUCAGUGAAAUUGACAAGUGAACAGUCCACUGAAAAGGUGACAUCAGAGCACACAACACCUUUGAGAGGGUCUACAAAACAAGUGACUCCAAUAGGUACAACGACUGAAAUUGUUGUGUCGACGACAAGUGCAGUCCCAUCACUCACACCAACGGGGACAACAACUAUUGAAAUACCGUCAAUUGUUUCUACGCCGUCUGUUGCUUCAAGUAAAACGAGUGUAAGAGUAGAAUCACCAGUGACGUCAACAGCUGGUAAGAUGACAACUGCAGGUGGGCCAUCAUCAGCAAAAAGCACCAUGAUCGUGUCAUCAGCGAAAUCCACUGAAGGAAUAUCGAGUGAAAAAACAACACCUGGUGGAAAAACGAAAGCUACAACUACGACAGGAGAAGUCAAACAUACGACUGGUAUUAUUUCAUCAGAGGGAGUUACUUCCCCUGUGCCCUUUAUUGGGGAAACAACCAUAAAGAAAACAAGUAGACAAACUACUCCUAUUGUUGCAACAACUGAAACAUCAGUGAAAAUGACAGAUAGACAUUUAGAGCAAUCUUCGAUUGCUACUACGCAAGUUCCCAGUACAGCAACAUUUCCACAAACAAGUUCGUCAGGAGUUAUCACUACAGCUGAAGUAACACCAACACCUACAGCUACACCAAUAAAAAUAAGUGAAGCUACUACAACAUUGCAAGGAUCGACUGGAAAAGAGACAACACCAACUCAAAUACCAAUUACAAGUCCCUCUCCUGGUAUUUCAAGUACAAAGAUAUCGACAACCACACCCGUUUGUGAAAUAACAGAUGGAAUGGAUUCAAUAACAACAAUACCUUCAACAGAAAUUACACCUAAUGACAAGAAGGCAGAUAUUGAAAAUCUGCGACCUUCCUCUAAGACACCUUUUAAAAGCUCUGAAGAAAAAUUGGUUAUAGAGUACGUGCCUACGAAGACAAGACCAAUAACCAAUGUUGAACUGGUUUCUACUGAUAAUAUCAAGACGUAUACAGUACAAUUCUUUAAUGCAGACGGAACUGUAACAACGAGAAAGAUUAAAGUAGGCGAAAAGGCUACAAGCAUUGGAACUAAGCCUGAUGUGAGAAAGGUUACUGUGAUUAUUAGACCUGAUGACAAAGAAGAUUCUUACAGACCUGUACAGCUCCAACUUAGCGUCCAUGCCUGUUUUGAAGUCACUUCUACGCCAAUUCCAAGUACAACAACAGUUCCACAAAAAGUAUCAUCAGCAGUUAUCACUACAGCCGAGGUUACACCCACACCUACAGCUACACCCAAAAUAAUAAGUGAAUCUACUACAACAUUGAAAGGAUCAACUGCAAAAGAGACAACAGCAACUCAAGUACCAAUUACAAGUCCCUCUCCUGGCAUUUCAAGUACAAAGAUAUCGACAACCACGCCCGUUUGUGAAAUAACAGAUGGAAUGGAUUCAAUAACAACAAUACCUUCAACAGAAAUUACAACUAAUGACAAGAAGGCAGAUAUUGAAAAUCUGCGACCUUCCUCUAAGACACCUUUUAAAAGCUCUGAAGAAAAAUUGGUUAUAGAGUACGUGCCUACGAAGACAAGACCAAUAGCCAAUGUUGAACUGGUUUCUACUGAUAAUAUCAAGACGUAUACAGUACAAUUCUUUAAUGCAGACGGAACUGUAACGACGAAAAAGGUUAAAGUAGGCGAAAAGGCUACAAGCAUUGGAACUAAGCCUGAUGUGAGAAAGGUUACUGUAAUUUUUACACCUGAUGACAAAGAAGAUUCUUACAGACCUGUACAGCUCCAACUUAGCGUCCAUGCCUGUUUUGAAGUCACUUCUACGCCAAUUCCAAGUACAACAACAGUUCCACAAAAAGUAUCAUCAGCAGUUAUCACUACAGCCGAGGUUACACCCACACCUACAGCUACACCCAAAAUAAUAAGUGAAUCUACUACAACAUUGAAAGGAUCAACUGGAAAAGAGACAACAGCAACUCAAGUACCAAUUACAAGUCCCUCUCCUGGCAUUUCAAGUACAAAGAUAUCGACAACCACGCCCGUUUGUGAAAUAACAGAUGGAAUGGAUUCAAUAACAACGAUACUUUCAACAGAAAUUACAACUAAUGACAAGAAGGCAGAUAUUGAAAAUCUGCGACCUUCCUCUAAGACACCUUUUAAAAGCUCUGAAGAAAAAUUGGUUAUAGAGUACGUGCCUACGAAGACAAGACCAAUAGCCAAUGUUGAACUGGUUUCUACUGAUAAUAUCAAGACGUAUACAGUACAAUUCUUUAAUGCAGACGGAACUGUAACAACGAGAAAGGUUAAAGUAGGCGAAAAGGCUACAAGCAUUGGAACUAAGCCUGAUGUGAGAAAGGUUACUGUAAUUGUUACACCUGAUGACAAAGAAGAUUCUUACAGACCUGUACAGCUCCAACUAAGCGUCCAUGCCUGUUUUGAAGUCACUUCUACGCCAAUUCCAAGUACAACAACAGUUCCAAAAAAAGUAUCAUCAGCAGUUAUCACUACAGCCGAGGUUACACCCACACCUACAGCUACACCCACAAUAAUAAGUGAAUCUACUACAACAUUGAAAGGAUCAACUGGAAAAGAGACAACAGCAACUCAAGUACCAAUUACAAGUCCCUCUCCUGGUAUUUCAAGUACAAAGAUAUCGACAACCACGCCCGUUUGUGAAAUAACAGAUGGAAUGGAUUCAAUAACAACAAUACCUUCAACAGAAGUUACAACUAAUGACAAGAAGGCAGAUAUUGAAAAUCUGCGACCUUCCUCUAAGACACCUUUUAAAAGCUCUGAAGAAAAAUUGGUUAUAGAGUACGUGCCUACGAAGACAAGACCAAUAGCCAAUGUUGAACUGGUUUCUACUGAUAAUAUCAAGACGUAUACAGUACAAUUCUUUAAUGCAGACGGAACUGUAACAACGAGAAAGAUUAAAGUAGGCGAAAAGGCUACAAGCAUUGGAACUAAGCCUGAUGUGAGAAAGGUUACUGUAAUUGUUACACCUGAUGACAAAGAAGAUUCUUACAGACCUGUACAGCUCCAACUUAGCGUCCAUGCCUGUUUUGAAGUCACUUCUACGCCAAUUCCAAGUACAACAACAGUUCCACAAAAAGUAUCAUCAGCAGUUAUCACUACAGCCGAGGUUACACCCACACCUACAGCUACACCCAAAAUAAUAAGUGAAUCUACAACAACAUUGAAAGGAUCAACUGGAAAAGAGACAACAGCAACUCAAGUACCAAUUACAAGUCCCUCUUCUGGCAUUUCAAGUACAAAGAUAUCGACAACCACGCCCGUUUGUGAAAUAACAGAUGGAAUGGAUUCAAUAACAACAAUACCUUCAACAGAAAUUACAACUAAUGACAAGAAGGCAGAUAUUGAAAAUCUGCGACCUUCCUCUAAGACACCUUUUAAAAGCUCUGAAGAAAAAUUGGUUAUAGAGUACGUGCCUACGAAGACAAGACCAAUAGCCAAUGUUGAACUGGUUUCUACUGAUAAUAUCAAAACGUAUACAGUACAAUUCUUUAAUGCAGACGGAACUGUAACGACGAGAAAGAUUAAAGUAGGCGAAAAGGCUACAAGCAUUGGAACUAAGCCUGAUGUGAGAAAGGUUACUGUGAUUAUUAGACCUGAUGACAAAGAAGAUUCUUACAGACCUGUACAGCUCCAACUUAGCGUCCAUGCCUGUUUUGAAGUCACUUCUACGCCAAUUCCAAGUACAACAACAGUUCCACAAAAAAUAUCAUCAGCAGUUAUCACUACAGCCGAGGUUACACCCACACCUACAGCUACACCCAAAAUAAUAAGUGAAUCUACUACAACAUUGAAAGGAUCAACUGCAAAAGAGACAUCAGCAACUCAAGUACCAAUUACAAGUCCCUCUCCUGGCAUUUCAAGUACAAAGAUAUCGACAACCACGCCCGUUUGUGAAAUAACAGAUGGAAUGGAUUCAAUAACAACAAUACCUUCAUCAGAAAUUACAACUAAUGACAAGAAGGCAGAUAUUGAAAAUCUGCGACCUUCCUCUAAGACACCUUUUGAAAGCUCUGAAAAAAAAUUGAUUAUAGAGUACGUGCCUACGAAGACAAGACCAAUAGCCAAUGUUGAACUGGUUUCUACUGAUAAUAUCAAGACGUAUACAGUACAAUUCUUUAAUGCAGACGGAACUGUAACAACGAGAAAGGUUAAAGUAGGCGAAAAGGCUACAAGCAUUGGAACUAAGCCUGAUGUGAGAAAGGUUACUGUAAUUGUUACACCUGAUGACAAAGAAGAUUCUUACAGACCUGUACAGCUCCAACUAAGCGUCCAUGCCUGUUUUGAAGUCACUUCUACGCCAAUUCCAAGUACAACAACAGUUCCACAAAAAGUGUCAUCAGCAGUUAUCACUACAGCCGAGGUUACACCCACACCUACAGCUACACCCACAAUAAUAAGUGAAUCUACUACAACAUUGAAAGGAUCAACUGGAAAAGAGACAACAGCAACUCAAGUACCAAUUACAAGUCCCUCUCCUGGUAUUUCAAGUACAAAGAUAUCGACAACCACGCCCGUUUGUGAAAUAACAGAUGGAAUGGAUUCAAUAACAACAAUACCUUCAUCAGAAAUUACAACUAAUGACAAGAAGGCAGAUAUUGAAAAUCUGCGACCUUCCUCUAAGACACCUUUUAAAAGCACUGAAGAAAAAUUGGUUAUAGAGUACGUGCCUACGAAGACAAGACCAAUAGCCAAUGUUGAACUGGUUUCUACUGAUAAUAUCAAGACGUAUACAGUACAAUUCUUUAAUGCAGACGGAACUGUAACAACGAGAAAGGUUAAAGUAGGCGAAAAGGCUACAAGCAUUGGAACUAAGCCUGAUGUGAGAAAGGUUACUGUAAUUGUUACACCUGAUGACAAAGAAGAUUCUUACAGACCUGUACAGCUCCAACUAAGCGUCGAUGCCUGUUUUGAAGUCACUUCUACGCCAAUUCCAAGUACAACAACAGUUCCACAAAAAGUAUCAUCAGCAGUUAUCACUACAGCCGAGGUUACACCCACACCUACAGCUACACCCACAUUAAUAAGUGAAUCUACUACAACAUUGAAAGGAUCAACUGGAAAAGAGACAACAGCAACUCAAGUACCAAUUACAAGUCCCUCUCCUGGUAUUUCAAGUACAAAGAUAUCGACAACCACGCCCGUUUGUGAAAUAACAGAUGGAAUGGAUUCAAUAACAACAAUACCUUCAACAGAAGUUACAACUAAUGACAAGAAAGCAGAUAUUGAAAAUCUGCGACCUUCCUCUAAGACACCUUUUAAAAGCUCCGAAGAAAAAUUGGUUAUAGAGUACGUGCCUACGAAGACAAGACCAAUAGCCAAUGUUGAACUGGUUUCUUCUGAUAAUAUCAAGACGUAUACAGUACAAUUCUUUAAUGUUGACGGAACUGUAACGACGAGAAAGGUUAAAGUAGGCGAAAAGGCUACAAGCAUUGGAACUAAGCCUGAUGUGAAAAAGGUUACUGUAAUUGUUACACCUGAUGACAAAGAAGAUUCUUACAGACCUGUACAGCUCCAACUAAGCGUCCAUGCCUGUUUUGAAGUCACUUCUACGCCAAUUCCAAGUACAACAACAGUUCCACAAAAAGUAUCAUCAGCAGUAAUCACUACAGCCGAGGUUACACCCACACCUACAGCUACACCAACAUUAAUAAGUGAAUCUACCACAACAUUGAAAGGAUCAACUGGAAAAGAGACAACAGCAACUCAAGUACCAAUUACAAGUCCCUCUCCUGGUAUUUCAAGUACGAAGAUAUCGACAACCACGCCCGUUUGUGAAAUAACAGAUGGAAUGGAUUCAAUAACAACAAUACCUUCAACAGAAAUUACAACUAAUGACAAGAAGGCAGAUAUUGAAAAUCUGCGACCUUCCUCUAAGACACCUUUUAAAAGCUCCGAAGACAAAUUGGUUAUAGAGUACGUGCCUACGAAGACAAGACCAAUAGCCAAUGUUGAACUGGUUUCUACUGAUAAUAUCAAGACGUAUACAGUAAAAUUCUUUAAUGUUGACGGAACUGUAACGACGAGAAAGGUUAAAGUAGGCGAAAAGGCUACAAGCAUUGGAACUAAGCCUGAUGUGAAAAAGGUUACUGUAAUUGUUACACCUGAUGACAAAGAAGAUUCUUACAGACCUGUACAGCUCCAACUAAGCGUCCAUGCCUGUUUUGAAGUCACUUCUACGCCAAUUCCAAGUACAACAACAGUUCCACAAAAAGUAUCAUCAGCAGUUAUCACUACAGCCGAGGUUACACCCACACCUACAGCUACACCCACAAUAAUAAGUGAAUCUACCACAACAUUGAAAGGAUCAACUGGAAAGGAGACAACAGCAACUCAAGUACCAAUUACAAGUCCCUCUCCUGGUAUUUCAAGUACAAAGAUAUCGACAACCACGCCCGUUUGUGAAAUAACAGAUGGAAUGGAUUCAAUAACAACAAUACCUUCAACAGAAAUUACAACUAAUGACAAGAAAGCAGAUAUUGAAAAUCUGCGACCUUCCUCUAAGACACCUUUUAAAAGCUCUGAAGAAAAAUUGGUUAUAGAGUACGUGCCUACGAAGACAAGACCAAUAGCCAAUGUUGAACUGGUUUCUACUGAUAAUAUCAAGACGUAUACAGUAAAAUUCUUUAAUGUUGACGGAACUGUAACGACGAGAAAGGUUAAAGUAGGCGAAAAGGCUACAAGCAUUGGAACUAAGCCUGAUGUGAAAAAGGUUACUGUAAUUGUUACACCUGAUGACAAAGAAGAUUCUUACAGACCUGUACAGCUCCAACUAAGCGUCCAUGCCUGUUUUGAAGUCACUUCUACGCCAAUUCCAAGUACAACAACAGUUCCACAAAAAGUAUCAUCAGCAGUUAUCACUACAGCCGAGGUUACACCCACACCUACAGCUACACCCACAAUAAUAAGUGAAUCUACUACAACAUUGAAAGGAUCAACUGGAAAGGAGACAACAGCAACUCAAGUACCAAUUACAAGUCCCUCUCCUGGUAUUUCAAGUACAAAGAUAUCGACAACCACGCCCGUUUGUGAAAUAACAGAUGGAAUGGAUUCAAUAACAACAAUACCUUCAACAGAAAUUACAACUAAUGACAAGAAAGCAGAUAUUGAAAAUCUGCGACCUUCCUCUAAGACACCUUUUAAAAGCUCUGAAGAAAAAUUGGUUAUAGAGUACGUGCCUACGAAGACAAGACCAAUAGCCAAUGUUGAACUGGUUUCUACUGAUAAUAUCAAGACGUAUACAGUAAAAUUCUUUAAUGUUGACGGAACUGUAACGACGAGAAAGGUUAAAGUAGGCGAAAAGGCUACAAGCAUUGGAACUAAGCCUGAUGUGAAAAAGGUUACUGUAAUUGUUACACCUGAUGACAAAGAAGAUUCUUACAGACCUGUACAGCUCCAACUAAGCGUCCAUGCCUGUUUUGAAGUCACUUCUACGCCAAUUCCAAGUACAACAACAGUUCCACAAAAAGUAUCAUCAGUAGUUAUCACUACAGCCGAGGUUACACCCACACCUACAGCUACACCCACAAUAAUAAGUGAAUCUACCACAACAUUGAAAGGAUCAACUGGAAAGGAGACAACAGCAACUCAAGUACCAAUUACAAGUCCCUCUCCUGGUAUUUCAAGUACAAAGAUAUCGACAACCACGCCCGUUUGUGAAAUAACAGAUGGAAUGGAUUCAAUAACAACAAUACCUUCAACAGAAAUUACAACUAAUGACAAGAAAGCAGAUAUUGAAAAUCUGCGACCUUCCUCUAAGACACCUUUUAAAAGCUCUGAAGAAAAAUUGGUUAUAGAGUACGUGCCUACGAAGACAAGACCAAUAGCCAAUGUUGAAUUGGUUUCUACUGAUAAUAUCAAGACGUAUACAGUACAAUUCUUUAAUGCAGACGGAACUGUAACGACGAGAAAGGUUAAAGUAGGCGAAAAGGCUACAAGCAUUGGAACUAAGCCUGAUGUGAGAAAGGUUACUGUAAUUGUUACACCUGAUGACAAAGAAGAUUCUUACAGACCUGUACAGCUCCAACUAAGCGUCGAUGCCUGUUUUGAAGUCACUUCUACGCCAAUUCCAAGUACAACAACAGUUCCACAAAAAGUAUCAUCAGCAGUUAUCACUACAGCCGAGGUUACACCCACACCUACAGCUACACCCACAAUAAUAAGUGAAUCUACCACAACAUUGAAAGGAUCAACUGGAAAAGAGACAACAGCAACUCAAGUACCAAUUACAAGUCCCUCUCCUGGUAUUUCAAGUACAAAGAUAUCGACAACCACACCCGUUUGUAAAAUAACAAAUGGAAUGGAUUCAAUAACAACAAUACCUUUAACUGAAAUUACAACAAAUGACAAGACAGCAGAAAUUGAAAAUCUGCGACCUUCGUCUAAGACACCUUUUAAAAGUUCUGAAGACAAAUUAGUUAUAGAGUACGUGCCUACGAAGACAAGACCAAUAGCCAAUGUUGAACUGGUUUCUACUGAUAAUAUCAAGACGUAUAAAGUACAAUUCUUUAAUGCAGACGGAACUGUAACGACGAGAAAGGUGAAUGUUGGCGAAAAGGCUACAAGUGUUGGAACUAAACCUGACGUGAGAAAAGUGAAUGUAAUUAUCACACCUGAUGACAAAGAAGAUUCAUACAAACCUGUUCAGCUUCAAUUAAGUGUCCACGCCUGUUUUGAAGUCAUGUCUACGUCAAUUCCAAGUACAACAACAGUUCCACAGACAGCGUCGUCAGCAGUCAUCACUACAGCCGAGGUUACACCAACACCUACAGCUACACCAGAAAUUUCAACUGAAACUACUCAAACAUUAAAGGUAUCAAGUGGAAAAGUUACAACACCAACUCAUGUGUCAACUACAAGUUCAUCUCCUGGGCUUUCAAUUACAACAAUAGCGACGACAACUCCCAUCUGUGAAGAAACGGAUGGAAUGGAUUCAAUAACAACAAUACCUUCAACUGAAAUUACAACAAAUGACAAGACAGCAGACAUUGAUAAUCUGCGACCUUCGUCUAAGACACCGUUUAAAAGUUCUGAAGACAAAUUGGUUAUAGAGUACGUGCCUACGAAGACAAGACCAAUAGCCAAUGUUGAACUGGUUUCUACUGAUAAUGUUAAGACAUAUACAGUGCAAUUCUUUAAUGCAGAUGGAACUGUGACAACGAGAAAGGUGAAUGUUGGCGAAAAGGCUACAAGUGUUGGAACUAAACCUGACGUGAGAAAAGUGAAUGUAAUUAUCACACCUGAUGACAAAGAAGAUUCAUACAAACCUGUUCAGCUUCAAUUAAGUGUCCACGCCUGUUUUGAAGUCAUGUCUACGUCAAUUCCAAGUACAACAACAGUUCCACAGACAGCAUCUUUAGCAGUCAUCACUACAGCCGAGGUUACACCAACACCUACAGCUACACCAGAAAUUUCUACUGAAACUACUCAAACAUUAAAGGUAUCAAGUGGAAAAGUUACAACACCAACUCAAGUGUCAACUACAAGUGCAUCUCCUGGGCUUUCAAUUACAACAAUAGCGACAACAACUCCCAUCUGUGAAGAAACGGAUGGAAUGGAUUCAAUAACAACAAUACCUUCAACUGAAAUUACAACAAAUGACAAGACAGCAGACAUUGAAAAUCUGCGACCUUCGUCUAAGACACCGUUUAAAAGUUCUGAAGACAAAUUGGUUAUAGAGUACGUGCCUACGAAGACAAGACCAAUAGCCAAUGUUGAACUGGUUUCUACUGAUAAUGUUAAGACAUAUACAGUGCAAUUCUUUAAUGCAGAUGGAACUGUGACAACGAGAAAGGUGAAUGUUGGCGAAAAGGCUACAAGUGUUGGAACUAAACCUGACGUGAGAAAAGUGAAUGUAAUUAUUACACCUGAUGACAAAGAAGAUUCAUACAAACCUGUUCAGCUUCAAUUAAGUGUCCACGCCUGUUUUGAAGUCAUGUCUACGUCAAUUCCAAGUACAACAACAGUUCCACAGACAGCGUCGUCAGCAGUCAUCACUACAGCCGAGGUUACACCAACACCUACAGCUACACCAGAAAUUUCAACUGAAACUACUCAAACAUUAAAGGUAUCAAGUGGAAAAGUUACAACACCAACUCAUGUGUCAACUACAAGUUCAUCUCCUGGGCUUUCAAUUACAACAAUAGCGACAACAACUCCCAUCUGUGAAGAAACGGAUGGAAUGGAUUCAAUAACAACAAUACCUUCAACUGAAAUUACAACAAAUGACAAGACAGCAGACAUUGAAAAUCUGCGACAUUCGUCUAAGACACCGUUUAAAAGUUCUGAAGACAAAUUGGUUAUAGAGUACGUGCCUACGAAGACAAGACCAAUAGCCAAUGUUGAACUGGUUUCUACUGAUAAUGUUAAGACAUAUACAGUGCAAUUCCUUAAUGCAGAUGGAACUGUGACAACGAGAAAGGUGAAUGUUCGCGAAAAGGCUACAAGUGUUGGAACUAAACCUGACGUGAGAAAAGUGAAUGUAAUUAUCACACCUGAUGACAAAGAAGAUUCAUACAAACCUGUUCAGCUUCAAUUAAGUGUCCACGCCUGUUUUGAAGUCAUGUCUACGUCAAUUCCAAGUACAACAACAGUUCCACAGACAGCGUCUUCAGCAGUCAUCACUACAGCCGAGGUUACACCAACACCUACAGCUACACCAGAAAUUUCAACUGAAACUACUCAAACAUUAAAGGUAUCAAGUGGAAAAGUUACAACACCAACUCAAGUGUCAACUACAAGUGCAUCUCCUGGGCUUUCAAUUACAAGUUAG